GGAGAAAAAACAAGCUGCUGCGGCUUUGUUUCGCCAUUUAAAAGCUAAAUGGCUGUUUUGGAGCCGCUAUGCAGUAUUAACGCUCACUGGCUAAUCUUUGUUGUCUGACGUUAAAGUUAAUGCUGAUGUAACUGUCAACCGGUUUGCACUUGCGGGUUACAUUUUGACUGGAGAUGUGUUUUUGUGUGUGUUGGUAGCCUUCCUGUAGCUGUUUCACCGUUUUAACCAUGGCCUCUAGAUAUAUUUACUCAUUAGCCAAACUGCUAUGAUUUUAAUGAUCUGUCCUCGUGCUUAACUGUCUGUAACUAACCUAACGGCGAGCUAAAUGGGAGUGACGUUGAACGCUAGCUGUUGCGCUCUCGCGCUCUGUUUGUAUGCGCACGCGACAGAGAUGAGCCAGCCUGCUGUUUGCUGUAAGCGUUUAGUUAAUCGUCCACAAUCUGGAAAACACGAAGAGUUUAGGUGUUGUGUGUUUUUUACACUGGAUUGUAACGCUGGGGUCUCAAAUUGUGUCGUCCACAGGGCUCCCGUUUAAAGCGCCGCACCAAGCUGACCAGCUAGCGCAGUGUGAUCACUUGCGUCUCUCUCUGAAACGAUUUUGUUUGUUUCGGAGAAGUGCAAAUUGAUUCAAAAACCACUGCCGCCGCAUAUCCUGAUCGGAACCCCCCCCACACACCAAAUCGAAGCAAAAUGGUGCAAAAUAAGAUCGCCGAGGUCACUGGAUUCCACCGCUCCUUCAAGGGGCAAAAUCCCUUUGAAUCAGAGGACUUCACUAAAAAUGGAUCCCAUCUUAUCGAUUCAUCAUUUAAUUUUGACUCCUCCCCCAGACAUGACAUGCCUUCCAGUCAGCCUAUUGACAUCCCCGAUGCCAAGAAGAGAAACAAGAAGAAAAAGCGUUGCCGGGCAACUGACAGUUUCUCUGGAAGAUUCGAGGAUGUCUACAGACUGCAGGAAGAGGUCUUGGGAGAAGGCGCUUAUGCCAGAGUGCAAACAUGCAUCAACCUCAUCACCAAUAAAGAGUAUGCUGUAAAGAUAAUCGAGAAAAGGCCGGGUCACAGCCGCAGUCGUGUCUUCCGUGAGGUUGAGAUGCUCUACCAGUGCCAGGGCCAUAGAAACAUCCUGGAGCUGGUGGAGUUUUUUGAAGAGGAAGACAAAUUCUACCUGGUGUUUGAGAAGCUCAGAGGAGGGUCAAUCUUGGAACACAUUCACAAGAGACAGCACUUCAGCGAGCAGGAGGCCUGUCUCGUGGUGCAGGACAUUGCCAGUGCUCUAGAUUUCCUUCAUAACAAGGGUAAGAUCAUUUGUACAAAAUGGCAAGCAGUAUUACUGCUCAGUUUCAAAUUAAAUAUAGAUAUAACAGGCAUCUUUUUGUUUUUAGGAAUGGCACAUAGAGACCUGAAACCUGAAAACAUUCUCUGUGAGAGUGCACACAAGAUAUGCCCGGUCAAGAUCUGUGACUUUGACUUAGGCAGUGGGAUCAAGCUGAACAGUGACAGCUCACCCAUCUCCACCCCUGAGCUCCUCACUCCUUGCGGCUCAGCAGAGUACAUGGCACCUGAGGUAGUCGAGGCCUUCAGCGAAGAAGCUACAAUUUACGACAAGCGCUGUGACCUGUGGAGUCUUGGAGUCAUUCUGUACAUCAUGCUAAGUGGCUAUCCUCCAUUCGUAGGCCGCUGUGGUGGCGGCUGUGGCUGGGAAUUAGGUGAACCCUGCCACACCUGCCAGAACACUUUAUUUGAGAGCAUCCAGGAAGGAAAAUAUGAGUUUCCGGAAAAAGACUGGGCUCACAUCUCCUCAAGUGCCAAAGACCUGAUAUCCAAACUUCUGGUCCGGGAUGCCAAAAGCCGUCUGAGUGCCAGUCAGGUGCUGCAGCACCCCUGGGUGCUGGGGGUGAGUCUGAAUCCACUACUAUGCCACUUUUUUUUUUUGCAUUUUAGGCAAAUCACAGUAAAGUUGUUCAAAUCAAACAAAACCAAUAACAUGACUUUGAUUUUUCAGGGUGCAUCUGACACUUUGCCAACAUCCAUCUUACAUCAGAGGACCAGCAGUGCCAGGGAUCUCACAGUUUUUGCAGAUAAGGCCAUGGCUGUGAACCGGCAGCUGGCUGAACAGGAUGGCAUGGAAGAGCAGCAGCAGCAGGAAGUCCAAUUUUUUGUUACCGCUUCUGGCUCGUCCAUGCGCCUCUCUCCUCCUUCCAACUCCAAGCUGGCCAAGCGCAGGCAGCGAAGCAGCCAGCCGAAAGGCGGGCCCGUCUCCGCCGCCGAGCUUCGUCAGCUCUUGGCCCCCCUCGUCAUCGUGGGAGACUGUGCCUGAACUUUCCCGACCUUCCGUUAUGAUUCGAGUCCUGUUCCACGACUGCCCUGAGACUCUUCCUCCUCAGUUCUGGCCCCUCUCUGGCCUCGGUCCCUCUGCUAUUCAGGUUCUCUUGCCAGCUGUAAAGGGAGAUGCUGCCUGCAGCCCUUCCUCUAAAUGCCUUCUGCCCUUCUCCAGCACUUCUGAAGCACAUCAGCACAGGGCCUGCAUAUAGCAAACACAGCUAUGUGCACUUCCAGGUUGGGGAGGAGGGCCAGUUAAUGACUUGUUAGACAGCAAAGUAUUUUCUAAGUUAUGUUGGUUUUUGGUUGGUUUUUUUUUUCCUCAUGCAACUCAGUUCAGAAGAAAUCCGAACAUAGAUCUUCGAAACUAAGCUCAGACACCAAAGGACAACCUGUUGUGCUGCUCCCACGUUACAACUGGAUCCACUGUGAAUUAAGUUAUCUGGAAUGUUUUUUGCCUGUAUGUAUAUGCAUGAACGGCCCAUCUGCACAUACGUACAAGCUUAUGCAAUAUGCCGAGAUGAAGGCUGUUCCUGUCUUGAAAGGAUUCAGUGUAAUAAGGGUUGGAAGGGCUGUAAGCCGGUGCUGUCCGUGCCUGAGGCGCGGGCCGUUGGCUGGAGACUCUUCAAAGUCUUUUUUUGUUUUUUUGUUCCCCUCCGUUUAAGAUGAGCUCUUUACAGUCGACUCUGUGUAAAUGUCUGAGAUGCGCACUUAUCCAGCUCGGUCGCCGUGCACUUAGUGCUCAAAGGGCAACGGCUGUUUGUACCUGACCAGCUACGACUUGCCGCUGCAUCGGUUGAUGCGGUUUUUCCUUUUCUUCUAAAUUGAAUCUAAAACUAGUGAAUUGAUUUGACUUGGUCAUGCUUGAUGGCCGCCGGGGAGGGGGGAGGGGCCAAAGCUCAUAGCGUGUAUAUCUGGCUUAUUUGUUAAGCUAAUUAUACAGUACUUAAAACGGCUACGCAAGUGAACUGGGUCAGUGUUACUUUCAUUGUAAAGAAUUUGACGUCCCCUUGCUACAACCAGAAUUUGUAUUUUUUUUUUUUUUUUUUUCUACAGAUCAAUUUAUGGAUUUAACUUUAAAUAUUUUGGCAGUAAAAGUUUAAACUCUUGUGAAGGGGUUGAAAAGCACAUUUUGCCCAAUGUGACCAGACUGUCAUUUGUCGAUCAGAUUUAUUCGGACCAUCAUCUUCGUCCUCCUCAUCCUUCAGGGUCUCAACGUUGUCUCUAACGACACGCCGCCCCUCCCAGAAUGAUGUCGCAAAUUUUCUUUAAAUGUUAGAGGCAGAGGGGAAAAUAAAUAAAAUAAACACAAAAAGGAAAAACAUUCCACAAAAAGACAAAAAAAACUUCAGACAUUUAGCUGUUUACUUUCUUUUUCCAAGUUUGAAAACUCCAUGUCAAUGUGCCACACUGAUUUUAUUUUUAUUCUUUUUUGUAUGGCUGUUAAUAAGCUUUUUUUUUUUUUCUGUGGAGAUUUUUUUUCCAUGCAGGUGCUGUUCAGUUCAGGUGAAACACCAGAUGUUUUUUUUUUAAUGUUUGUUUUGUUUUUGAGUUUUUAAAGUUGAGUAUGUGGUGUAUGAGGUAAAAAUGGAGAAAGUUUAAGUUGACCUGGAGCGUUCGUGCCCAGUGAAGGCAAGUUUUUAAGUGUUAUAUAUAUAUAUAUAUUAUUUUUUUUUAUAUGUGAGCAGGGUGGGGAAUUGGCACCAGCACCAAUGUGGUAAAACAUGAAAGUGGCUGGUACAUUUCAGACACAGAAAACAUUAGUAUGAAGUUGCUGGUGAAUUUGGAGCAGUUAUCCAUGAGUGGCUGGUACAUGUUCAUUUUUCCCUACUCUGCGUUGGCAAUAAUCUUUCUUUGUCGUUAAUUAGAUUAAGUUAAAGCUCAUUCUGAAACUGACAGGUAAUGGACUGGCGAUGACGUCUCUCAGCACUGUAGCCAUUUCACCAAAGAGGGUUCAAGUCAUGACAUUGAAACAUACGAUCCACGACCUAGCAGAGAUAAGUGGGGAACUUCUGAUCGUCUCCGUGUCCUGUUGGCAGCACUGCAGCGACGGUACUCUGGAAAUGGUGUCAGAUGACCCGUUGUUCUGUUAAUAGGACACUGUAAUAGUUCUAAGAAUACCUUUCUACAGAUGCAUAGUUAUGAGGGUUUAUGUCUUAUAAUAAGACUUACUUGAAUAUGUGUAUGCAGCUGUUUCUUCAUUUUGGAAACUACUUUACUUAUUGGUAAUCUCAAAGCAUUAAGCUAAUGAUCAAGGCAAUCUUUGUGGGGGGUGAAAAUAUACAGAUCAGUAUUCUGCCUUUUUCUGGGGGGGGGGUCUUCACACAACUGAGUUUGUCCCUGUCUUUGAAUGGGGGUGGAUACUCAAAACGCACACUGUGGCCAUACUCUGUAAUAUCCCGACCAGUACAGUAAGGGUUUUCUGGGUCAUGACCAUUUCUACUUUAUGUCGAACGGCAGUAGCUUUUGUUUUCUUUCGACUGCCUUUUAUUGGGAGAAAGGGGACAAAGUGAUAUCCUUCAGCCUCUGUUAAUUUCUUUCUUUUUCUUUCUUUUUUUUUUUUUGUAUAUUGUCGCUGACGUCGUUAAAAUUCAGUCAUUCGAAUGGAUAGUACCAUCAGUCUCCCCACAAUCUGAAUGUAGCCUGCAGGUGAAAGCAUUUAAGGCAGAUCAGACCAUUUAAAUGGUUCCUUCUCAUGAGCACAGUGUGCCAGUCAGAUCCAGUCCAGGCUUUGGGUCGACACCUGAUUUUUAACACUGUCUGAAUCGCCCCUGAGACCAUUGUGUUCAUGGGAAGUGGCUUCAAACGAAUACAUCCUGUAGUACAAGGUAUUUUGAUUUAAAAUAAGCACUUUACUGUACCAUGUGAAUGAUUGCAGUUCACCCAAGGCGACGUUUAUGACCGUCGCUUUGGAAUUUUGUAUUGUUUUUCUAAAAAAAAAAAAAAAAAAUGCAAUAAAAUGCUUUGAACAA